AUGGGAAGUAUUCUAAAAGAACUUGUAACCAUUUUCAUAUUCAUUGCAUAUGUAUUCAUGAUAAGUACUGAAUACAGUUGGGAUGUUGUAGCUUUGAAAGUGCAGUGCUUAGAUAGUGAGCAGAAAGCCCUUCAAACCUUCAAAGAAGGUUUUCAGAGUCAUUUGGAUCGCUUCUCUUCCUGGGUACCAGAAGAAGAUUGCUGCAAAUGGAGAGGGGUGAAAUGCGAAAAUGAAACAGGCCAUGUCAUUGCUCUUGAUCUCCACAGCUCAGAUUCAUCUGAGGCCAUGCAAGGUCAGUUGAGGACAUCUUUGCUUGACUUGCCAUACUUGAGUUAUCUAGACUUGAGCUUGAAUGAUUUUCGCCAAAUACAAAUUCCUGAGUUUAUUGGUUCUCUCUCUAACUUAAAACACCUCAACUUAUCCGAUGCCAAUUUCAAGGGAACCAUUCCUGAUCAGCUAGGAAAUCUUUCACACUUGGUCUCCCUUGAUUUGAGUGGCAAUGGCUAUUCUUUGAGGGCAAAUGACCUUAAUUGGCUUCAUCAUCUUUCUUCCUUAAAACUUCUUGAUCUGGGUGGUGUUGAUCUCAGCAACAUAGUAAACUGGCUCGAUGAUAUUAAUAUGCUCUCUUCACUUAUUGAGUUAAGCCUAUUUGCCUGUAAACUUCAAGACCUUCCUCAUUCUCUGCCACGUGUGAAUUUUACCUCUCUGAAGAUCCUGGAUCUUUCAUUUAACAGACUUUAUGGCAGGAUACCCAAUUGGCUUUUUGAAAUUGAGCAGAGUCUUGUUUUCCUAAAUCUAAGAAGAAAUGAGUUGCAUGGUUCCAUUCCUGAAGCAUUUGGCCACAUGACUUCUUUGAUUGUACUCGACCUGUCAGAGAACAAUCUUGCAGGCCCUAUACCAACAACUUUGGGUAUGAUCUUUGUAAAAAAUCAACCCAAAGAAUUUUCAUCCUUGAGAGAGUUGUAUCUUUCUCACAACCAACUGAAUGGGACUUUGCAGAAAAUUCUUCCAAAGCUUUCAAGAUUACGAGUCUUGGAUGUUUCCUGGAAUUCCUUGGAGGGUGUUGUCACUGAUGCUGAAUUACUAAACUUCAGCAACUUGCAAGUACUAGAAUUUUCUGGUAACAAUUUGAUAUUGAAUGUUAGCUCAAGCUGGGUUCCUUCAUUUCAACUAGAGAGCAUAGGUCUACAUUCUUGCAAACUUGGGCCACAGUUUCCACAAUGGAUUCGAUCUCAGAAGCUCAUUUCAGCCAUUGACAUCUCAAAAAAUGGAAUUUCAGAUGCUUUGCCAGAUUGGUUUUGGAAUCUCACUUCAGAGAUAGGACAUGUGAAUCUUUCUUCCAACAACCUUACUGGAACUGUGCUGGAUUUAUCAUCCAAAAUAAAGUUGUCAACCAUAGAUUUGAGUUCGAAUAAAUUAUCAGGUCCUCUUCCUCUUCUCUCUCCCAACAUCGCAACAGUGGUUCUAGCUAGAAAUUCAUUUUCUGGAUCAAUCGUCCACCUUUGCGAAAUGUUAAAGGUAAAUAAUUCUCUGAAAUAUCUGGAUAUUUCGAAUAAUUUUUUAUCAGGACAGAUUCCAGACUGUUGGACUCAUGGUAAAAAUUUGGUCAUUUUAAAUUUAGCAAGCAAUGAUCUGUCUGGAAAAAUCCCUGAAUCAAUUGGGCAUCUUCUACGGCUCAAUUCUUUGAGAUUAGAUCGUAAUGGUCUUUCUGGGAAGAUUCCUUCAUCAUUGAAGAAUUGCACCAGUUUGUUUGUUCUUGAUCUUGGGCAGAACAGACUGUCUGGCGAAAUACCAGAAUGGAUUGGGGAAAAUCUGUUAAACCUGAUGAUUCUUGGCUUGAGUUCAAAUGCAUUUAAGGGGCAUAUCCCUGUGGAGGUGUGCCAAUUAGAAUCCCUGAAAAUCCUGGACCUUUCCUCAAAUUACUUGUCUGGAGAGAUUCCACGUUGUGUGGAUAACUUCAAGGCCAUGUCCGAGUUUGUAACUGUUCGUUCUUACAUGUAUGAUCCUUACAUGUAUGGCAAAAUUCUUCAAUUGGUGAAGAUACUAGAUUUUUCUUCAAAUAGUUUAACUGGAGAAAUUCCUCAAGAAAUUACAAGCCUAGUUGGAUUGUUAUCCUUGAACCUGUCCAGAAAUAAUUUGAUGGGGGCCAUCCCGCCGAACAUAGGUGAAAUGGAAUUCAUGGAGUCUCUUGAUUUGUCACGGAAUCAACUUUCAUGCAGCAUUCCGACCAGCAUUACAGACUUGAUCUCUCUUUCACAUUUAAAUUUGUCACAUAACAGGUUGUCUGGAUCAAUUCCUUCAGGAGGUAAUAUGCUAACAUUUGAUGCAGCAUCAUAUCAAGGGAAUCACAACCUCUGUGGGCCUCCCCUCGCAUAUAAUUGCUCAGAAGAUAAAUCAAAUGAAGAUCCCAACUGUAUUGACAAUCAGGUUGGCAGAAAAAUGGAAGCAGAAACAGGGCAAGGGUUGCAUGUACCUCCAUUCUACAUCAGUAUGGGACUUGGCUUCAUUGUUGGGUUCUUGGGAUUUUGGGGACCUUUGUUACUAAAGACUACCCGGAGGCAAGCUUAUUUCCGCUGGUUGGGCAACAUGAUUGACCAGAUUUACGUUUGGGUGAAGGUUACUUAG